UGUGUAGAAGCAGGACUCUGGGUUUCAGCAUGGUGGCACAUACCUGUGUACAUGGUGGCACAUACCUGUGCACAUGUGUACUGUGUCUGUGCCUGAUGCCUACAGAGGCCGGAAGAAGGUAUGGAGCCUCUGGAACUGGAGUUACAGACAGCCCGUGUGUGGGUGCUAGGCACCGACCCAGGUCCUCAGUGAAAAGCUGUGCCAUCCCUCCAGCCCCAUAGCUUUUGGGUUUCAGUAACUCGGAUAUUCUCUUUUCCUUAAGGAUCAAGUUUUAGAGGACAAAGGAGAAAGAUCCCCUGGUGCACUUGGGAAAGGAAUAAAGUAGCAAGCACUACGCACUGCUCAGUUGGAGAUGAGAAUGCGGUCUUGCGUGGCUGACUGAGUUCUGAGUCACACCCUCCUCUCAGCUCCCAGCCCUUGUCUGGCCUAAACUUUUGGGGUUAGCCAGGCAUGGAGGUGCACACCUUUAAUCGUAGAUUUCCGAGUUCGAGGCCAGCCUGGUCUACAAGAGCAAGUUCUGGGACAGCCAGAGCUACACAGAGAAACCCUGUCUCAAAAAAACAAGCCCUCCUCCUCCCAAAAAGGGAAACAAAACCUGAGAAAGUGAAGUGAGCCCAGGGAGGGUAGAACUGGAAAGGUGGUUAGCAUUAAGGGGAGAGUAUGGGGAAGUCAUCCUGACUUCACCGUCAGACAUCUAGAAUCACAUGAGUGAGUAUGGAGAAGAGAAGCCCUUUCCUGUAGGGUUUUAGCUUGCUGGUCGGAAACAUGGUUAGCAUGGCAAAGGCCCUGGGUUCGAUCCCUGGUACUUGGAGUGGGUAGGGUACUGCAGUGUUAGGUGGAAAUGCCCCUUCCUGAGGAGCUGACCUGCUCAGCAGAAACUCUGAAGAGCCGCUCUGGGGGAUGGGAGGAGUCAGGGUCCAGCCCUGCCCCAGACCUCCUGGUUCCAAUUUCUGCCCGUCAGCUGUCCUCUCAGCUGUCCCCGGUCCUCCAGCCCUGUCAUUACAGCCCUGCCACCAGGGUGAGAGGCUCCGAGGCCUCCCAAUACUGUCCGAGUAGCUGUGUGAGUCCAGAAGGUACCAGGGCUUAGCCCUGGAGGAAGAGGACUAGCCCUCCCCCAGCACCACCGUCAAGGUCUUAGGGACUCCCUCUUUCCACACUGACCUGACUUAGGGAGUCUCAGAAGGAAGUCGUCUCUUCCUCAUCGUUUCAUUUCCUGAGUCUGUUCGGCCUCUUCCUUUCUCUCCUUAUCUGUGAGUAGUUUGAACUGUCGAAGUGAAAUUGUUCUACUUCAGGAUGAGUCGAGACUGGAGAGGGGGUGACGGGUGGGGGGUUCCAGAGACUGGAGCAGUAAGGGGAGGAAAGGCUCAUAUUACUCUGAAAACCAAAAUAGCAGAGGCCUGAGGCGGGCCAGGACAGAACUAGGCACAAGGUCCCCAGGGCUCAGGAGCGAGGCAGGGGAGGGCAGAUCUCGGGACACACCUUCACACAUGUAGACAAGAACACCUCCUGAAGCCAUAAGAAGGUGUGUAUUGCAUCGGUCAUGAGUAUGUGUAGGACUGUGGUUCUCAACGUGUGAGUGGUCGCAUGUCAGAUCCUCCUGCGAAUCAGAUAUUCACACUACGAUUCAUAACAGCAAAAGUGCAGUUAUGAGGUAGCUAUGAAAUAAUUUUAUGGUUGGGGGGUCACCACAGCAUGAGGAACUGUUAAAGGGUCACAGCAUUGGGAAGGUUGAGAGCCACUGCCAUAGGAGAACCCAGAAGCCAACAGCCUUGAGCACCAUUGGAUUUGUAGACUCUGGGGCUGCUCCUUGACGUGGAAAGACAAGUAUCAGUUUAAGGAACUGGUUGAGAAGUCUUCCGUCUGUUGGACAUUCUUUUCUGGACCUUUGUAGAAUCUGUUCACAGACUCUACCAAAGGCUGUUGAACCAAGUGUCUCCCAAAGCCUCCCCUUGGAGGGCCCCCCAUUGCGUGCAGGCAGUCAGGGAUUAGCUCUCAGUGGGCUCCAACCUCUUGCAGGAUGACAGAGAAGGAGGCACCGGAAUCCCCUAAGCCCCCUUUCCCAUCAGAGACUCCACAAAGUGGGCUCCAACGCCUGAAGCAGUUAUUCAAGAAGGGUUCUCCAGAGACAGCGGAGAUGGAACCUCCCCCAGAGCCCCAGGCCAAUGGAGAGGCAGUAGGGGCCGGGGGUGGGCCCAUCUACUAUAUCUAUGAGGAAGAAGAGGAAGAGGAGGAGGAGGAGGAACCACCCCCAGAACCUCCUAAGCUUGUCAAUGAUAAGCCCCACAAAUUCAAAGAUCACUUCUUCAAGAAGCCCAAGUUCUGUGAUGUCUGUGCCCGGAUGAUUGUGCUCAAUAACAAAUUUGGGCUCCGCUGUAAGAACUGCAAAACCAACAUCCAUGAACAUUGCCAGUCCUACGUGGAGAUGCAGAGAUGCUUCGGCAAGAUCCCUCCCGGUUUCCGUCGUGCCUACAGCUCCCCGCUGUACAGCGACCAGCAAUAUGCUUCUGUCUCCGCUGCCAAUCGCAAUGACCCUGUGUUUGAGACCUUGCGCGUCGGGGUGAUCAUGGCAAACAAGGAGCGGAAAAAGGGCCAGGCAGAUAAGAAAAAUCCUCUGGCAGCCAUGAUGGAGGAGGAACCGGAGUCAGCCAGGCCAGAGGAAGGCAAGUCCCCGGAUGGAAACAAUGCAGAAGGAGACAAGAAGGCUGAGAAAACACCUGAUGACAGACACAAGCAGUCUGGCUUCCAGCAGUCUCAUUACUUUGUGGCUCUCUAUCGGUUCAAAGCCUUGGAGAAGGAUGAUCUGGAUUUCCCGCCAGGGGAGAAGAUCACCGUCAUCGAUGACUCCAAUGAGGAGUGGUGGCGGGGGAAAAUCGGAGAGAAGGUCGGAUUCUUCCCUCCAAACUUCAUCAUUCGGGUCCGGGCUGGAGAACGUGUGCACCGUGUCACCAGAUCCUUUGUGGGCAACCGUGAGAUUGGGCAGAUCACUCUGAAGAAAGACCAGAUCGUUGUGCAGAAAGGAGACGAAGCUGGCGGCUAUGUCAAGGUCUACACCGGCCGCAAGGUGGGGCUGUUCCCCACCGACUUCCUGGAGGAGAUUUAGGCGUUCUGGCGCCCGCUGGCCGGAGACACCUAGGCCUGGUUCUGGGCGGGGCCCAGUGCGGGCUCGGGAGGGGAGGGGCUGCUGGACUGCUGGAGGAUGAGGAGGGUUGGAGAGGCCUGCAGGAGCACGGUGAUGCUUCGGGGGAGGGUCUGUCUCCCACCUCUCUCCCCCUGCCUAGGGUUUGGGAUACCCGGUGCGCAGAGCAGGCGGCACCAGUAAGACCCACCCUUGAGGCCCAUCCAAGAGCUGGGGGGCGGGGGUGCAUACCCGUAAAGAGGCGCCCAGGGGCCGAGCUGUCAGAG